AUGAGUAUAGAAGGAUUGAAACAAAUUAAAUUACUUUUAAUUGGAGAAAUAGGUGAUGGUAAAAGUUCAUUAGGUAAUUUUGUUCUUAAAAAUGAUGUUUUUAAAGUAAGUGAUACUCCAAAUUCAGUUACAAAAUAUGCUAUUGGAUACUUUGGAGAAGGUGAUAGAAAUGAUGUAUUUGUUGUUGAUACUCCUUGUCUUAUUGAUGGUAGUGGAUUUGAUAAUAAAAAUAUUCAAAGUAUUUUCAAUUGUGUUAAAGCUACAGGAUUACAAGGAAUUGUAUUAACAAUGAAUUUUAACAAAUUUAGAUUGUCUCAUAAUCUUAAAUAUAUUGUUAAAUUUAUAUCUGAUAUUUUCCCAUUAAAAGACAUUUGGAAACAUGUAUGUAUUGCAAGACGAUUAAAACCAAUUGAUGAAAAAGAAAUCAGUAAAUUAAGUGGUGAAUUUAAAGAAAUUAUUUAUGAAGAAAAAGAAGAACGUGAAAAAAUAGAAGAAACAAAAUAUAAUAUAACAUAUAAAAUAACAAAAUAUAGAAGAUGUAAGAAAGUAAAGUAUAAUGGAGAAGUUAUUUAUGGUGAAAGUACUGAAUUUAACAGUAGAAUUAUAACAGAAAACAAAUCAAAGAAAGAAUCAUCAGACUGUGUAAUGAUGUAA